AUGGAAGAUAUUGCCUCACAGUUCCAGAACGCCCUGGGCCGAAUCGAGAAAGCCGUCGCACAGAGUCUUCCCAAGAUCGAUGAGCUUCACCGUACCAUGAAAGGUCAGUACGAAACCAGUGUGUCAAAUGUCUUACAACGUACGGAUGAUCCUCAACUCGGCGUAGAAGGCGAGACCCGGAAGCUCCGAGAGUGGCUAUGUUCCACCCCCUACCUAGAGCAUCAUCGGACAGUCUGCGCACAACGGCUGGCAGGAACUUGUCAAUGGAUCGAAAAUAACCCGGAGUUGAUACGAUGGAGAAACUCAUCCUCUUCCUCCGUUCUACAUGUCCGCGGCAUCCGUAAGUUAGUGAAUAGCAUGUUCUGGAACCCCCUGUUUCUGCCGGCGUAA